AUGACCCCAACAAAAUACACCACCCGCACCAUCCCCAAAAUCUCCCUCCACAACUUCCCGAACCGCAUCCCCGAAAUAACCUCGCAACUCAUCCACGCCGCAGAAACCGACGGUUUCUUCGUCCUAACCAACCACUCCAUUCCCCCCUCCCUCAUAACCUCCCAAUUCGCCCUCUCCAAGUCCUUCUUCUCCCUCCCCGAACCCACAAAAGCCUCCAUCCCCUUCACACACGCCAACACCGGCUGGGAAUCCCAAGCACAAUACCGGCCCUCCAAGGGCCAGCCCGAUCAAAAAGAGAGCUACCAACUGCAAUACGGCUCAGCCAUGGAAGGGAAAUGGCUCCGAGAAGAGGAGUUACCAGGAUUAAAAGAGGGAUCAUUGACGUUUAUGAGGGCAUGUCAGGAAGUGUCCGAGAUGCUGAUGUUAUGCUUCGCUCGAGGCCUAGGUUUCGAGGAUAACUACUUCAAGAAACACCACGACAUCACCCGUUCCGAAUCACAAACCGUCCUCCGACUCCUCCACUACUACACCAUCAACCAAGACGUUCCCACCCCAUUCUCCUACCACCGCGCAGGCGCACACGUAGACUGGUCCUUCCUAACCCUCCUCUUCCAACACGCAGGCCAGAGCGGACUAGAAAUCUGUCCGGGGAGGGAAGUUAGCACCGCGUUUGGAACCGGAGAUGUGUGGACGAAAGUCGAGCCGGAAGAGGGGGAGAUUGUCUGUAAUAUUGGGGAUUUGCUGAUGUCCUGGAGUGAUGACCGGUUUAAGAGUACGUUCCAUCGCGUCAAGACCCCGGUGGAUAGGGAGACGGAUUAUUUUGGGGAGAGGUUUAGUAUUGCGUAUUUUAAUCAGCCGUGUACGGAUUGUGAGAUCCAGGGACCGGGGAAGAAGUAUCCGAUGGUUACUGGGAGGGAGUUUACGAAGAGGGCGAUGGAGAGGAAUUUUGCGGCGUUGAAGGCGAAGAAGGAGGAGUUGGGUGGGGAGAGUGUUUGA